GGCCUCAGCGAGCUCCACCUUCCUCCAUCGCCUCGACCAAUUCUGGCGUUGGACGCCACCGAUCUCUCAUACUCAGUCUCCCAAAUCCAGUGUAGCUCCCAUUACCUUCCGCUGUCAGAUUUCUGCACUGAUGCGGCCCGAACCCGUCUCUUCUCGCCCCUGAUAGAGCUCGUUGAAAAGCUGUAGCUAGUUUUGCGAUGGCACUAUCCCGUUUGACCCCGCUUAGGGUUUGGUUGAGGGAAUUUGGGGAAAAAUUAGUGAAGUGAAACGCCUGGGCAAGCUAUUCCCUAUCGAAGGAGGUAUCAGAGACGUCCGAGGUUGCUAUGUCGACGAGACGAGGGACGGUAGUAGUGGAUUUUAGACGAGGUCGCGGGGAGAAUUCAUAUUGAAUGCUUAGGUGAUUAGAAUUUGACCUGCCAUGCAAGCUUAUGAAGCGUAGCUAUGGCGGCCACCACGACUAACUCUCUAGUUUUGUACUAUCAACUCUCUCAAAAAGCCCUGGGGUUGAACGUGAAUCUGUCACCGAACCGGAACCCAGUAUGCUGUGUGGUUAGUCCGCGGUUUAAGGCUCUCGCACUCGGAAUUCAGUGUUUUCAAGGUGUACCCUCAGCCCCAGUUUCUCAAACAGACGGUAACUCACGCUCCAUUCGGCCAGCGAAUGAGGUGAAAGUGCCAGAGAAGAUUGUCCCCCAGUCCGUGGAGCUUCCGAUUUCAGCAUUGGCAAUUGCAGAUGUAAUUGGAGCGGGGUUUACCGCUGUUAAGAAACCGGCUGAUUCUAAGCAUUUCUUUACUACUGCCAGUGCUGAGUUUUUGGCUCUCUGCACCGAGCAGCUUGGACUAUGUCAGGACAUUGUGGGCACUCCUGCUCGGUUUACGGUUUAUAUCAGGCCUGCGGAAAGUUACAGCACUGGGCAGCUAGAGUUUCAUUGCAUUGCAGUUUACCCUAGCCAUCAGGACGAGCUUUUGGUGCUGAAGCAGUCAGAUACUCUUGUCCCUAUUUCACUGGCUGAGGCAAAGCUUAUUAACCAAGAGGUUGUGGAGGUGGCGAAUGGAUCAGCAAUCCUACUUCCUAUGGUGAAGGACUUGUUUUUGAUAGGAUUUAUAGUUGUGGAAGGUGUCACUACGAGGUCCAGCACGAGUUCGAGUCCUAAGGCAGCGAAGCUAAAACCUAUCAAACCUGUGUGGCCUCCGAAGAAAGAGAGAUCACCCGUUGCUAUUCCUUUAAGCAAACAGCAGUUGUCAGAGCUAUCGAAAAUUGCGCUUACCUUGGCUCUAGCAUGUGUUGUGGAUCAGCGGGCACUUCUUCUACAGAAAUCCAACAUGAAAAAAGUCGAGCAAAUUGACGGUCUUUUAGAACAAGCCCAAGCGCCCUUGCAAGCAAUAAGGACAUUGAGCCAACUAAUGCUUCCACAGUUCAAAAGAGGCGAGAUUUCUCGUGACCUUAUUGAAGACAUACUGGUGCAAGGUGCCCGCAUGAAAGACGUGCUACAGCAGCUUCAAAAUGUUACCAAGAGUGGUCCUAGCAUAAUACAGUCCUCUCAAGAUUGGGAAGGAAAUGUGGAAGAGUUACCUGAGUCAAAGUUGGCUAGUGAAAAUAGGCGUUUACAUAGCCAUGGAGAAAACACUGACAAUAUUAGAAGACAAGGAUCGCUUCCAGCUGCUCAUUCAGAUGGUCGAGCUGACGUUGAAGCUCCAAUGCCCCCGUUGACACUCGCUCCUGUACCCGAGUAUGAUAUCUCGAGACCAUGUGAUGUAGCUAAGGUACUGAAACAGCUUGGAGAGGCUGCGAAUGGCCUGGCAAACAAAAGGGGGCAGAAUCUUCAGAUCACAUCUUGUUCUCCACUGCAUGCAGCCGUGAAUUCUGCAAGCCUUCAUCGAGUUUGUAGUCACAUUCUUGAGACUGCUCUUCAGCAUGCACCCAGGGGAGGAUAUGUGAGGGCAAACGCGAUGAGGGCACCCGGAGGUGGGGUCCUAAUAAUUAUAGAGGACGGUGAUCUAAGCACCAAGGGCUUCAAUUCUGCCCGUGCGUGGAGAGGCUCAGAUCUUGAGUAUGCACUUUUGGGAGAAGAUUUUCGGUUUGUUCAGAAGAUUGUGAAGCAAGAAGGAGGUGUUCUUCGGGUGCUAGCUCCUGUGCAGAAGGAUCUGCCUCUUGGUGGUGGCACUUACGUUGAAAUCUGGCUUCCCGCCGUUCCCAACUUCGAAGACUUCCAAAAUGGGGACGAUGCGUUCCUAGGAACUGAGCCCUAGUGCAUAAUACGUCGAUUUUCUGAGGUUCACCUGAUUGGCAACUACAGUACAUAUUUUCUAGUAGUGUGACGGAUUCCAAGGGUUUCCAAUAUCUAUUGGUUUCAUUUAUUGUUUGAAUUAUGGCUGUUUUUGGAUCCUUGCCAGACCAUGCUUGCCGUUCACAAGAUUAGUUAUGGUUAUUGCCAUUGUUUUCGUAGAUAUGGGCGCUGGAUUCGAGAUCCCAGACCCUUGCUUGAUCUAGAGCCUUUUUAAUUGUCCAUCGCUUAGUGUUGGUGCGGAGUGGUAGAACUCAAAUUUUGUACAAUAUUCUUCAACCUAUUACUACGAUAUUUAUUAGUAAAGGUUUAAAUAUCUUGUCUUGUGUCGUAUAA